AUGUCAGAGAGCAUCGUCAGGAAGAUCCAGCCCUUCACCAUCGGCACCAAGCUGUGGCCCUCUACCUGGGCCAGCCCCAAAUCCAGGCCGACAGCCCCCAGCUGUCCCCCACGGCGGACCCCGGGGCCCCCGGCAAGGGCCAGACGGACGACCCAGCCAGAGAGGACAACCCAACCGGAACGGGCUGUCCCCCACCUCUUCCUCCCGCUCCAUCCGGAAGAUCGCCAUUUCGGGGGGUCCGGACAGUCCUGGGGAGGCCCCUCUCGCCCCGGGCGAGGACUGCCCCGUCGCCGCGUUACCUCAAAACCGGAGAGCGUCAACGUCAACAACAACAACCACAACGGCAACAACAACAACAACAACCCCGUUCCCAGGAUUGUAGGAGUUAGCUGUGAAAACACACCCAACUCCCACCUCAAGGUUUUGCUCAGAAAGGAUGUCACUACUGAAGACCAGAGACAGGACGAUGAGGAGGGGGCAGAAUGCAAAAGCUUCGGGGGCACGACCACUUCCGUUCAUGAGACGUCUCCACACAGAGUCCCGCUGACCGAGGAGCGCUCGCCCCGUGGAACCUCAGAGGCCCCGCCCCCUCCACGGCUCAUCCCCGCCCACAACGACUGCAGCUACGCCCAGUGCAACACCCUGUUCAACAGGGAGGUCCUGCAGGCCGAAGCCUGGAUCAAAGGGAAGCUCCAGGACCUGAAAGACGGCUGGGACGUCCAGCGCUCCCCCCUCCAGGACUCGGGGGAGGUCUCUCAGACCCUCCAGAGGGACCUGAAGGAUUUCGAGAACACCCUAAUACAGCUUAACCAGAUGGGGGAGCAGCUCGCCUGCGCCCAGAACCCCAACUCAGACCAGGUGAAGAAGCGGCUCGGCCGGCUCCAGGACCAGUGGCACGCCCUCAGGCAGACGGCGGCCAAUCAGUCGAAGGCGCUGGGCGGGGCCAGGAACCUGCAGCAGUUCAACAGGAAAGCGGAUAGGCUGGAGACCUGGAUCAAGGAGAAGGAAGAGGAGCGGUCGCUGGCGGGUGUUCUCGGGGAGAACGUCGACAAAAUUCAGCUGACGCGGAGAAUCCUGGAUCUGAAACAGGACGAGCUGCAGUACCGGACCCUGCAUGAAGAGAUCAACCAGCUGGCACUGAAGCUGGAGAAACAGGGGAAGGUGGAGGGGAAGAACAUCUCCGUACGGCGGAAGCACAUCAACAAAAUGUGGCUGAAGGUCCAGUCUCUUCUGAAAGACUACCACGACAACCUCCAGCUGGCUCUCGAAGUCUCCUCCUUCUACCAGCAAGCAGACAACAUCAUCUCUGCCAUCAACCACAAGAAGAAAAGGGUUCCCCUGACAAACGAACAGGAGGACUGUGGAGAAAGAGAGAUCGGGGACAUAGCCGGCCAAAUCACGAUGCUGGAUGUGACUGCCUCUCAGUUGUCAAACCUCCACCCAACCCUGGCAUCCCGAGUCAGUGUGAAGCAGUCUGAGGUGAAGGACAACUGGGCAUCCUUUCAGAGGGCUGUCAGGAAUGAGCGGUCAGGGCUGCUCUCCGCAGGCCUCCAUUUCACCAGAGAAGAAGAAGACCCCAGGACCUCCUCCUGGGACUCAUGCUGCACCCUGGAGAAGGAGGCGCACGGGAUUAUGGGAAAGGAAGUCAAGGAAGAACAAAAUCGACUCAAAGGAUGCACAAGCGUGAGAGAGGCUGGGAGUCUGACCAACGGCCAGGACGACGAGCAGCCGCCAAAGAGCCGCGUGCCAGUCGCGGGGAACUACCCCGCUGACGACGUCCUCGAGAGACACCCGUCAGAGGGGGAAAGCGAGGAGCUGGAGCUCAAACCCGAGGCCGGUGUGUCGGGAGGCGAUGCGAGGUUCUGUGUGCAGCUACGGAAGUCAGCGGCGUCGGCAGAGAAGACACUCCUCUGGCUGAAGGACAGCGUUGCCAUGACGACCCAGGCCUGGUCCGCUCCGGGGCUGGAGGGGUCUAGAUUGUCUCCCCAGGAGGACGUCCUGUCCUGCAGGCCCAAGACCAGAAAGGAGGGGAGAAACUCGCACUGUCCAGAGGACAUGGGAGUCGACCACUUCCUGGAUCAGCUGGAGCACCUGUGGGAGGAGCUAAGGAGGAGGCAUCACCCAAAGGGGGCGGGGCUUCAGCACGCCAGGAAGUCAAACCGGAAGGUUAUGGACUUGCCCCCCCUAGAGGCCUGGCUGCAGAUGGCGGGCGGGUCCCAUCGACAGUCUCCACCCGGCGGGGUCCCCAAAACCACAAGCCCACUGGAGCGGGACGUUCCGAGGCAGGAGGGGGGUGCGUCACAGGGGGGGCGACGCCUCCAGGAAGAGGUGGAGGAGAGGUAUCGCCGGGUGCAGAGGGGGCAUAGCCAGGAACGGCAGCAUCCAACCAGACUGACUGGGUUCCUGGAUGAGAGCCACGGACAGUCUCUCCCCAGCGAGCUGGUCCUAGAUGCUUGCCUGCGGAAUGUUCCAGAGGUCAGGGGUGAAGCCGUUCCCAUGGGGACCGGGGAUUCCUUGGAGGAUCUGGGCGUGGCGGUGGAGAUUCUGAAAGACACUGUGAGCGAGAUCCAGCCAAUCAGAGAGCUGCUCGGCCAGUGCGCCUCGCUGACGAUGCGUAUAAACCACGCCCUCUCUCUGGGGGCCGAGCUCUCGAUGGACGUCAUGGACGCGGAGACGGACAUGGCGGUGAAGUGCGAGCCUGACCGCAGCGGCCUGCAGGGCCUCCAGGAGCAGCAGGACCAGAUGGAGGUGGAGUAUGAGGCCCUGAAGGAUGAGGUGGCGGAGAUGGAGAAGCAGGGGGCUUGCCUGGAGGCCCUCUGCCCGGAGAAGUGGCCGAUCCUGGGGGAGGAGGUCCAGGCGACCCUGCAGGUCUGGGAGGAGCUAGGCCGGAGCAUGGCAGAGAACAGAGGUCGACUGCAGCAGUUUGGACACCUGCAGGACUUCUUCAGGGACUACCUGGCCAUGAUUUCUUGGACGGAGGACACGCGGUCCUGCAUCUUCUCCGAGAGGGCGAAGCGUCGUGGGAAGGGCGACGAGGGGCCGGUGACCUCCGAGCUGGACCUGAAGAUCCAGAGGAAGUUUGAGGACUUCGACAGUCUGGCCGCGGCGGGACAGAAGCUGAUGGAGGAGGAGCAUCACUUGGCGGAGCUGAUCAAGGAGAGGACGGAGGAGCUGCAGAGCAUGCUGGGAUGGAUCCUGGUGCACUGGAGGGCUCAGAAACACCAGCAGAGCUGUGGAAAGAGGAAAGGAGACGACGUCGUCAGCUCAGAGGCCACAGUUCCCACGGCAACGGAACAGCAGGAUGGAUCUCCACAGUCACAGCAACCAUCAGAUGGUCAGCUGACCUCAACGACCAGUUGCCAUGACGACCUGCAGGACAGGCAGCCUUCAGGGGCGGGUCACGUCGGGACGGGGCAGAAGGAUAGUGGAUCGGGGUCACCCACAGGACCCCCGGAAUCAAGGGAGCCCCCGUUCUUGGUCCUGAAGGAGCCUGGAGCCCCGUCUCUGGGGGGUACGGUGAACCUCAUCCUCAGUUUCGGGACGGCCGGGGACAGCCUCCUGCAGGUGCAGAAACCAGAGGAGGACGCCGACACCCCUGAACCCGUGCACAGGGUGAGCACCUACCUGCGUGUUAAAGACAGCCAUACCACCGUGGCACCUGUGGACCUCCGCCCGGCUCAGGAACCCGCCCAGACCUCCGCCCCCUGUUCAGUCUCCUCCCCUUCCUCCUCCUCUUCCUCCUCCUCCUCCUCCUCCUCCUCCACGUCCCCUCCGCAAGUCAGCAGUGUGGCCUUCCAUACUCUGCCCAAGAAAGGCCCCGCCCCCUGCCUGACCAUAAGCCCCGCCCCCUGCCCCACCAUUAGCUCCACCCCCUGCCAAACUGGCCCCUCCUCCUGUACCAUAAGCCCCACCCCCUGUGCCACCGUAAGCCCCGCCCCUUCCUAUACAAUAAACUUCGCCCCCUGCUCAACUAUCAGCAGUGGCCCCUCCUCUACCGCAAGCUCCGCCCCAUGCUUCACUUUUAGCUCCACCCCCUGCUGCAGCACCUCCAGCGGUCAGAAGGGCCGGAGCAAAAACAGGAAGAGGGUGGUGGCCCAGAGGAUCAUGGGAGUGGUGCAGCAGGAAGUUCCCGCCCCGUCCCGCGAUCCGGUCGCCCUGGGAACCAGCACCUGGCCCCUGCAGGAGAGGAAGAAGAGGUGUACCUCGUCGGUCCGUUCGACCGCCGCGGAGCCCCUAGCCCUCGCCAAAAGACCACUGGUGGAGAAUGCGGGCAGGCGAUGUGUCAGCCAAUCGCAGUUCUCCCAUGCCGUGUUGCCGGGCAGAUUGGCCUCAGCCGGGCUGGUGAAUAACCACUGCAGGCACCUGUCUCUGGGGUCGGUGUUGAGCUUCGACCUGCCCAAAGACCUGAGCCUCAUCCCCAGCAUCCAUGACGUCAUCACCAUCAGUCCCCCGGGACCAGCAGGGACGGACCGCCCUGCUCCGACUGGCCGAUGUUCACCCGUCAAUCAAAAGCCGGCCACAAGCUCCUCCAAUCAGAUUCGCUCACCAGUGAAAAGUGCGGGAACCAUCAAACUCAGCCCAACUGAGGUCAAAGGUCAAACCACCGUCCAAUCAGACUGCGUUGCGUCACGCAGGUUCGACCUGCAGGCGUCUUCGGUUUCAGCCAAUCGGGAGGCCGUCUCCCUGAACCCCAAACAGACCCUGCCAAACGAUGACCUAUUAGUUCCUCAGACGAGGGCCCACUCAGGUAUUCACAGUCACAACGAGGACGUCACCCAGAAUGCCGUCCCGCCAAUCCCGAGCGGGGAUCGCUGUGGCGACAGUCAGAAGGCCAGCCCGCCCAAACAGAAGGACGGUUGCAGAACCGUUGCCUGUUCCCAUGGUAACGCCUCGCUGUCAAUCACGCACGUAUGCCCGAGCGUUCACACUCGGAUACAGGACUUGGGCGGGCACAUAUACCACCCUCCAAUGAGGAGGCAGAACGCUCACAAAGGAGACCCGUCAGCCAAUCAGGGCGCAGCCUCUCACUCUGUCACGGCCCCCGCGGGCCGCGCGAUCGGUCCGGAGCGUUCCGCGGGUGCGGCCCCUUCGGGGUCCGGACACGGCCGGCUCUGCGGUGCGGGAGGGGUCGAAGCGGCGGCCCCCGGCGGCCCCCCGCCCCGGAGGACCGUGGGAACGGUGCUGUCGCUGGAGCGGGCGGAGCCGGCGCCCCGCGGCAGGAAGGGCGGGGCCGCGGCGUCCACGGCGACGGACGCCGUCCGCCCCGACCACCGGCAGUUCGAGGAGGAGGAGGAGGAGCUGGAGGACAUCUGGAACCAGACCAAUGGCUACGGGCAGGCCUGUCAGCCGACCAAUCAGGGCGAGGCGGAGGCGGAGGCCGCGGCCACUGCGGCGCCCCCCAGGGGAUCGUCCCCCUCCCCGCCCGCGCCCCCCCCUCAGGCUCAGAACGUGCUCUACGCCGCCCUGGAUGGCGCUAACGCCGCCGCCGCCGCUAACGCUAACCUCCUGGUGGCCAAGUUCAGGCUCCCCGCCGAAGUGAAGGCCCUGUUCGGGUACGACAGCGCCGCCUGCAGGAGCGUCCCGGAACAGCGGCCCGGCGAACGGAGCGAUCCGGAGACCCCGGCGGCGGCCGUCCCGGUUCCGCCCAACCCGUCCGGUGCGGAACGUCCGGGAGAACACGCCGCCCGCGACGGAGGGGCCGGUUUGGAGGGAGAGCCGGGGGCCGCAGACGGGGAGGUGUGUGCGAAGGUCCAAUCCGUGAGCUGGCUACCAGUUUGCAUGGGGGCGGGAGAGAAGGCUCAGCAUCCAAUCGGCUUCUGCGCAUCCAGUGGCGACAUAUGGCUGCAGGGACAUGAAAGUACCACUAGAGGGCACUGCAGCUCUACGAACGGGAACCAGCCAAUGGAAGGAUCUCUGGAGAGAAAACACCUGCUCGAGAAGGGAAAUAAGGCCCCCUGUCAAGCCUGGCUGGCAGGCCACGCCCUCCUGCUCAAGCACUCGCUACGCUUCUACAAGGACGGGGAAGACCGUCCGAAGAGCCGGGAGUCUGUGCUGAGUCUGGACCUGACCGGGGCCCGGUGCACUGGGGCCCCUGACUGCGGAGAGAGGCCCCGCUGCUUCUGCCUGCGACUGGCUGAGGGCUCACAGUAUCUCCUCAGUGCCUCAUCCAGCUCUCUGAUGGAGGAGUGGAUGCUGAGGAUCCAGGCUAACGCAGGUUCGAGUGAGAUGGACUCCUCUGGUCACCUCUCUGAAUCCCUCACCUCAACUCAAAGUCCCACAAGCCACUGCACAGCUGGGGAUGACAUCACUUCCUCUCACUCGGGCGCCUUUCAUUCCUGUGGUGCCAGAGCCAAGGAGCUCAUCGUCCUGACGGGCGACGCCCCCCAUGGUUCACAGCGGCAUUGUGGGAUCUUGGAGGACAGUCCAUCACCCUUGUCUUCAGAUACAGGGGGUCACCCCGGGCGGUCACCCCCAAAACCCCAGGACCCCCCGCCCUGCCUCUCCUUCUCCAACAGCCAGGAGUAUCCCGGCAACAAGCAGCGGUCCCACUCCUUUACCUCAGCCACCUAUCAGAAGAUCACCCCUGCCCCACUGCCCCAUGGGAUACGUGAGGGGGGGUCCAGCUACUCAGUGACUCUGUUCAUCGGAGACCAGCCGUCCGGGGCCCCGCCCCCCGAAAGCACCGCCGAAUCGCCAACUCUGAUUGGCCAGCAGCGGGAGGCUCCGCAGGGCCCGGACAAGAGUUGUGGCGAGGCCCCGAAGUCACAGAACAAGUCCGUCUUCAAGAAGUUUUUUGGGAAGGAGAGGUUUUAGACGGACGACCUCUGACCUUUGAGGAGACCGUUGACUGUUUUUAUCUUCCUGCGUGCAGAGCACAUUUGUCUGGCUAAGAAUCUGACGGCAGCAACAGCCGUCCUGGGACCAAUAAAUCUUUGUUUUUAGUGUUUUUUAGUGUUUUUUUUUACCCCCCAAUAACGUGGCUAAAUCACUGCAGAAAUGUCACCGCUUCCUCAAACUCCCUUUUCAUCCAAAGCGGUCUGAGAAACUGAGAAAUCGCUGUGACCUUCAAGAGAUAAAGGUCAAAGAGUUGGUGCCAGCCACUAUAGCUCCUCUCUCUCUCUCAUUCUCUCUCUCUCUCUGUCUCUCUCACUCUUUCUGUCUCUCUUCCCUCUCGGUGUGUGGUGGGGUUGUUCAGCGUUCCUCCUGGACGUUGUCUGUAGGAAACUGUUGAGAAGCAAACCACGCAGAAACAAUUAAUUUGAGUUCACAUAAAAACAUGUGGCUUUCAGACGCUGGUCGGGUGUUCCUCGAACAGCUGAUGAGAGGGGUGACCAGUUUUAUUGGCGUGCAUCUGUUUCAUCUGUUUCAGGUCUGCACAGAGUCUCCGGUUCCUUUCUUUCCACACUACUAAGUAGCAAAGGUAGUCAAAGUAUAGGUCAUGCUCUUUAAAACAGUCCAUUCUUUGUGACAUCCUUUCAAAAUAUGGCUUCUAGAACUUUCUGCACAAAAAAUCAUCUGAAAUAUUCGGACUUGGAAGUCUCCGUUCAUGCUUUAAGUCGAGCACUGAACUCAAACGUCGCCGCAGAAUCUGCAAGAUUAAGAAUGAGCUGUUUUAGAUUGCGCUGCCUUAAAUCUAAAGGCAACUCUACCUUCGGCUAGACUAUAGAACACCUGGAAAGUUAACAUGCGCAUAUUGAGGAUGAAUUCCAUUAACUCUGCUUAACAGCUUUGAAAUGCGUAGAUUUAAAUCCGCUUUAAAUCCGUGAGAGGUCGGUCAUUUUCAUUCUGGCCUUCCAAGAUACAAGUGGAAAGAUGGUUCUUUUCUGUGGGAGCAAAAAUCUAUUCAAUAUAUAUCUGGGAACUGUUUAUGAUAUUUAUUAUCUGCAGUCCUUCGUGUUAUCAUAAGGAUUAUGGCUGUGGAAGACAAGCAGAUUGAUUCAUAUGUAUCCAUGAUGCAAUAUCCAUAUUCUUUCUGAUAUGUUCAUUUUCUCAACCUGGUUCACCGUUCAUGUUGUAAUUCCAGCAGUUUGAAACUGUUGAUCUUUUUUUGUUUUGAAAACGUUGUUCUUGUUAAUCAGCAGCUGAUAACGAGCUAGCCCUUCUUUUUAAUCCCGUAACAUGAAAUAAAAACAACCUAUUGGUUUUUUUGUUAUUUAAUUUAAUGAAA